AUGUGGACCAUUCUUCUCUUUCUCUGUGCUGUGUUUGUCCAGAGUGGUGCAAGAGGAGAAAAGGACGACCGAAACAAACGGAAUGAGACAAUAUUAAAGCAUUGUCCCUCAGAGUGGACCGAAAAUGGCCAACGCUGUUACCUGCAUGUGUCUGCUCCAAAGAAUUGGGUUGGUGCCGAGCAGCAUUGUUUGGGUUUGGGAGCUAACCUAGCCUCUGUGCACAGCUUAGACGAGUACACGUUCCUCCAGCAAUUGGUCAGCAGCAAUAGCCACCCUGUGACAUGGAUUGGAGGUACCGAUGCUUUUCAGAACCGGGUGUGGUUCUGGAGCGAUGGGUCCUUGUUUCACUACUCUGCCUGGGCUGCUGGGGAGCCCAACAAUGCUGGCGGAAGGGAACCAUGUAUAGCGAUUAACUGGGGAGAUGAUCACAAAUGGAACGAUGCUCCAUGUCACCUGAGACUCGGCUUCAUCUGUUCCUUCAAACUCUAACUCUUGACACUUGAUAACACAUUGUGCAAUUGUUCUUUCAAAUUGAGACGACAAAAGAUGAGAAGCCUCCUUACCUUGUGUACUGUGACUCGUCCUGUGUGUAAUGUCUUUCAGAAUAA